AGCAUGCGCAGACCGAAAGAAUGGUCGACCGGAGGCUUUCGACUUUCCUCGACAAAGCAACAAGUCUUAGUUUAAAAACGGGACCCGAAUGGUCGAGCGUAAACGAGUUUUGCAGGGAGGUGUCGUCGUCGCAGGACGGACCGUUGAUAGCUCUUCGUCUUCUUCUGGUGAAGAUCCAAAGUACAAACGAGACUGUAGCACUAAUGUCUCUUUCGGUGCUUGAAAGUGCAAUGAGAAAUUGCGGCAAGACGUUUCACCAGGAGGUUGGCAGAUUCAAGUUUCUUAAUGAACUAAUAAAGCUGGUGUCACCGAAGUAUGAUGGAGCGAAGACUCCAUCUGUGGUAAAGCAAGAGAUCAAACAGCUACUGAAUAAGUGGAGCAUUAAUAUACCGAGGGAACCGAAAAUUGCUCAGGCAGUGCAGAUGCUGAGAGAUCAAGGUUUGUUUACUGAUGCAGACGUGGCUCCAGUUGAGUCACCACGUGAGCGCGAACAGAGAGCUAUUCCUUUCGAAGACAAGAACAAAUCAGAGCUUCUUGCACGGCUCCUAAAGAGUAAGCACCCAGAAGACUUAAAAGCUGCUAACAGAUUAAUAAAGGAGAUGGUCAAGCAAGACGAUUACAAACUACAGAAGCUCACGCGACGUAUGGAAGUGUUGGAAACAGCGAAGAAUAACAUGAAGCUGUUGCACGAUAUGUUAGUGAAUUACGAGUCGGGUCAAGGUCAUGACAUUGUUAGGGAGUUGCAUCGGACGUGUGAGGAGAUGAGACCCAAAUUGUUCCAACUUGCUCAAGAAAUGGACGAAGGAGACGAAGGAAUAGGCGACGUUCUAGUGGCGAGCGACGAUCUAAAUAGAGUGAUGAAUGAAUAUGAAUUGGUGGUGGUGAAAGGAGAGCGGCUACCUCGAGGGCCACUCGUCUUCACCCAUAAGCCAGACCCGCCCACUCCUGACCCGGUAUCUCUGCCUCCUUCGGAGCCCUCAGGACAAGGAGAUUUAGACUUACUACUCGACUUAGGCUUUGGAACUCCUCAACCUGAGGCUGUGGCGUCGUCUACGUCUCAAGCUCCAACUUUGAAUGACAAACCGGGCGUGUCAUUGUUGGAAAAUGAGCUCUUGGCGUUGGGGUUGGCGGAGACAUCAGGAGCCGGUGUUCGAUCAGUGCAACCAGGCGGCAUCAAUGCUUUAUUCCAGGCUCAACAGUCAAUGCCUUUGCAGCAAACGCUGCCACAGCAGCAAGUAGGCGUCGUGCAGCCGGCUGUGGGUUUGACCGGUGGCAUGCCACAACUGGGAGGAGGACUGCAACUCGGUGGUGUGAAUGUGAAUGGCCCAAUGGUUCAACCCUUGGCUUAUCCAGCGGCUCCAUCACACGUUUCAGACCUUCAAGCGACGGCGUCACUCACAACAAACACAAUGUUGCCACUUCUCUCCCAACAGGCAGUCGUUCCAGCCGCUCCACCUUCGAACGUCAGUCAGUCUGGUGAUGCGUUGACUUUGGCGGCUCUUGACACACUUGUUGUUCCAUUAGAAACAAUCCAGCCAGGUCCACACCAACCGACGUUGGCAUACGACAAGAAUGGAGUCCGAAUAUUAAUAUACACAGCUAAGGACACUCCACUUCCUAAUGUAUUAGUCUUUGUCGUGUCCAUCUCGAGUUCUUUACCACAUCCUGUUACAAGCGUUGUCUUCCAAGCUGCUGUACCCAAGACGAUGCGAGUGAAGCUCCAGUUGCCAUCUGGAUCGGAGCUUCCUGCGUUCAAUCCCAUUCAACCAACACAAAGCAUCACACAAAUUAUGUUGUUAGCGAAUCCAAAUCGAGAGAAGAUUCGGUUGCGGUACAAGGUGAUGUACAACAUCGGACAGCAGCAGGUGACCGACAUGGGCGAAGCGUCCAAUUUUCCUGUGCAGUAGAGAGUGAGAUAUGUUGCUUUUUUGGAGAGUGGUUUUCUAUGGUCCGUCUGCGUUAGUAGUUGCUUGGGUGUUGGCUCUGGAUGCCUGCAUUCUUGAUGCAUUGUAUAGGCUAUGAGACAGUGCUAUACUGUAUGAUGUGUGCCAUGUCAUUGACUAACCAAAGUGUGUGACUUUGCGAUGA